CAGCACCCACCGGACCACCCACCGGACCACCCACCGGCCUCAACGCCAAACACUGUGUCUUAGUGUACCGCACUGCCUCGUUCAGUCUUAAUUGCCCUUGCGGUGACCCGCGCCAAUUGUCUUUCAAAAUGGCCCGAAACGGGCGUCCUAGGCGCAAUCCCGCCAAUCAGCAGCCAAAACCGCGUCCUGCACGACCUCACGGCGGGCAAACGCAGACCAGGUCGACGAAUCUUUUCGACUCUCUGGCAAGUGUCGGCAAUAAUGAGUUUGGUAAGUUUAGGUGCUGUGUCAUUUGCCAGCUGAGAAUAUUACCGUCCUGCCCGAUUUUGACCCCUCUUCCGUUCCGUUCUGCCUUUCUCGUCACCUCUUCUACAGUUAUUCCCCGCCAUCCAACUCAAGUCCUUUUUUCUUCUCAAUGUUGAUUACGAGUGCAAUCGCAGCCGGCGAGGUCAACGCUCACCUAUCCGAGCGAUUCGCCGGUGCUCGAUUCGGCGGGGGCAACUAUCCUGAUCGGGACCGCGUUCCAAUGUCGGCGCCCACGAAGGUCAACAAUGACAUCCGCGAAUACUUCAAGGAUGCGCAGAAACCGGUUGUCGGUGGUCCAUGGCUGGAGAAGCCAGAAAUCCCGAGGCCAUCAGAGAUCAUCCCCCCGGGCCCCACCAUUGGCGAGCAGAUCCUCGAUUUAAAGGAGGAGCUGCGCCCAAACAAGGUUGAGGGAACAUACGACAGCAAUGAGGAGUACCUGGGCACGCAGUACGAGCUUCUCAGGGAGGACGCUAUUCGUCCAUUGCGCGAGGCCGUCAAACAUGUUCGCUCAUCGCCGUGGCUUGACGAGUCGGACUACCCGCGCGAGAGUAGCAUUGGAAUCUACGAGCCGGUUUACGUUACGUCCGUCAUCUUCUCCCCUCGCGGGCUGGCUAUGAGGGUCGCCUUCUCGCUUAGGCGCGUCAAGAAACACGUUCGUUGGGACCAGUCCAAACGACUCAUCACCGGCUCGCUCGUCGCCUUGUCCCCCGCAGAUGAUGCUUUCCACAGCAACUGCAUUCUCGCCGUCGUAGCUGCCAGGCCGCUAUCAGCUCUGGAGCAAAAUCCUCCCGAAAUCGACCUGUUCUUUGCUCGUGCCGAGGAUAUGGAGAUCGAUCCUAUGAAAAAAUACAUCAUGGUGGAGAGUCGGUCGAGUUUCUUUGAAGCGAGUCGCCACACUCUGCUAGCCCUUCAGCACAUGAUGCGAGAGCCGUUUCCUUUAUCCGAGCAUUUGGUCGAAGCCAAGAAAGAUGUCGAGCCGCCGGCGUACGUGAAGAAUCAUCCCUUGACCGACAUGAGCUCUCUUGUUACAAUGGAGGAGUCCGACGAAUUCCAAAACGUGGAUAUCUUGCGAGAGUGGCCAUCCGGUACUUCUCACGGGCUUGACAACUCGCAGUCCAAGGCUCUGAAGCGCAUUCUCACAAGCGCGCUGGCUAUCAUCCAAGGCCCUCCAGGUACCGGCAAGACAUAUGUCUCCGUCGUCGCUUUGAAGAUUCUCCUUGCCAAUAUGCGGAAAGAGGAUCCUCCCAUCAUCGUUACCUGUCAGACAAACCAUGCCCUGGAUCAGUUGCUCCGGCAUGUUGCUGAAUUCGAGUCGAGCUUCAUUCGCCUUGGUGGCCGCUCAAAAGACAGAGACAAGAUUAAGAAACGAACGCUGUUCGAGGUUCGAUCUAACGUUUCUCAACCAAAAAUCCCAGGGAGUCUGAAGACGCAGGCAAUUGGGAGGAUGAAAGAGUUGACCGGGCGGAUGCAGAUGUUGCUCGCCCCGCUCGAAGCGAACAAGCCGCCGCUGGAUCACAAGGUUCUGGUCAAGCUCAGGCUGAUCACGGAAGAACAGGCUGAGUCACUAGAGAUUGACUCGCGAUUUGCUAUGGGGAUAGAUCCAGAUAGCCCCGGUGUCGUAAUGGAGCAAUGGCUUGGUAAAAGCCUCACACCAUGCCACAGGCCAAUCCAACCCGAUGAUUUUGGCAUGGAGUUUGAAGAGGAAGACUUUGAGGUAGAGCAGCUCAAAGAGCUCGAAGCAGAGGCCGUGGCGCAAGACGAUGAUGACAUUGAAGCUCUCAGAGGUCCGGUUACCCUGCUCAGCGACAAUUACGCCGGGAGAGGCGGCUCGUUGAGAACUGACGACGAGAUUCGGGAUCUCCUGAAGCGCACAAAAGACCUGGCCACCAUUCCAGUUCCAGAUCGCGGCGCUAUCUACAAUUAUUUCCAGCGCCAGACAAAGAGACUACUUCUGCUGGAAUUCCGCGACCUGGCGAAGCAGUACGAGGAUGCCAUGCAUCAGCGCCGCAUCGGACAGUGGGAGCAAGAUCAGCGCAUCCUCCGCGACCAGCGCCUUAUCGGCAUGACGACUACCGGACUAAGCAAAUAUCGAUCGCUCGUCGCCAGCUUGAGGCCCAAGGUCGUAAUGGUAGAGGAAGCGGCUGAAACUUUGGAGGCUCCGGUGACUGCGGCCUGUCUUCCCACCCUGGAGCAUCUUAUCCUCGUUGGCGACCACCAGCAGCUUCGUCCCCACUGCCAAGUACGGGAGUUUGAGGAUGAGCCAUAUAAUUUCAACUUGUCUCUCUUUGAGCGGAUGGUGUUGAACGAAGUUUCUAUGGACUGCCUCACCCGACAACGCCGCAUGAUCCCCGAGGUCCGUCGCCUACUUGAGCCAAUUUAUGGCGGCGCCCUCAAGGACCAUCCCAAUGUGAAGGAUAUCAGCAACCGACCUCCAGUAGAAGGCAUGGGCGGAUGUAACUCCUUCUUCUUCACACAUGAGUGGCAUGAGUCAAAAGACGCCAACAUGUCUUCGCUAAAUGAUAAGGAAGCUAGCAUGAUCGCGGGAUUCGCGGACUACCUUGUCCUCAACAACAUCGACCCAAGCAAGAUCACCGUCCUCACCUUCUACAACGGGCAGCGAAAACUGAUCAACAAGAAACUGAGAGAGAACGCAAACCUGAGAGUGAAUCCCAUCUUGAAUGUCGUUACGGUCGAUUCGUACCAGGGUGAGGAGAACGACAUCGUGUUGCUUUCUUUGGUGCGGAGCAACCGCAAUCACAACAUCGGAUUUCUCUCUGUAGACAACCGCGUGUGCGUUGCCCUGUCUCGAGCUAAGCGUGGCUUCUACAUCUUUGGUAAUGCCGAGAUGCUGGCUUGCGAGAGCGAUACAUGGGCUAAGGUAAUCAAGAUCAUGUUCGGCGAGGGAAAGGCGAGGGACAUCCCGCAAACUGGCCAGAAGCGGCGCGUUGGCUAUAAUCUUCCGCUGGAAUGCGUUCAGCAUGGCUACAAGACGUGGAUCGAGGACCCCGGUGACUGGGAAUUGGUCAAUGGAGGCUGCGACGAGCCUUGCCGCUGCCGUCUGCCAUGUGGGCAUACUUGCAUGCUCAGGUGUCACCCCUUCGAUAACACCCGCAUAAACUGCACCCAGAAGUGCUUGAAGCGAGUUGAGCCUUGUGGUCAUCCCUGCAUGGCAAUGUGCUGCGAUCCGUGCAAAUGCCAAGUGUGCGAUCGGUACAGCAACGGGAUGAAGGCUAUGCUGCGGCCUGCUCCAGCCAACGGUGGUUCUUCUUUCAAACCUAACCCUCAAAAUACCACUUUCCGGGCACCUCCUCUUCCCCCCGCUGGAUCGUCUAUGAAUUCCGAGGGAUCAGGCAGUACUACCGAGCAGUGGAAGGCAUACGCCAAUGGCGGCGCACGUGCAGACGACGUCCAAGUGCUGCAGAAGCAGCAAGAAGAGGAUGCCAAAUUCUACGACACGGUUUCCAACGUUGGACAGUCUGCGGCCCCGGCUUCCGCUAGGCUCAUCGAGUUUUCUCCUAAGAAGGGAACCAAGCCCAAGGCACAUGCUUCAAAUAACAUCGAUCUGCUCCUCGACCUGGACAUUGGUAGCACUGUGGAUGCUAGUAGUCAGCCGAAGCAACGCAUCAACUACAAGGAGACGUUCUCCUAUGCUGCGGCCGCGAAGAGCAAGGCGGACAAAACGAACUUCAAUUUGCUGGAUUGAGCGGGCGAUGCGCGACGGCGCGUGGCGUUGGACGGGCUCAUGUAUCUUGUUCCCUCCCCCAUGAUGGUGUUUCUUCAUUUCAUGGUCAAAAAGAAACCAGUGUAGCUACGGUGUAGGGGCGUUAGGGGGUAAGACCACCAACGACUCAUGAAUGAACUGAAUG